UAUUAUCAAAAUUGGACGGUGAAUGUUUCAAGAUUUCCUAUAAGUAUAACAAUAUCAAAUACAUGACCAUGUGGAACUGAGUUCAAAUUGUCGUAGGGUGUUAAAAAUUAACGACUGACAUCUUCUUUCAUUACAUUAGAUUUUUCCUCUUGUCCAGUACCUGCAAAUGGAGUCUUCUUAUUAUUCACAUAUUUAAACAAAGUGUUUGGCUGAUUGUGCCUUAAAUAAAAGAAAGUACUUGCUUGCAGACAUGUGGGAUUUUAUUAUUGUGAAUCAUUUUGACCCAGUUUUAGAGUCAAACUGCAUCAGUGAUGUGGAAAGUAGUCUUAUUAAAAGCUAACGUAUAACAACAAAAUACUGCGUAAGAGCACAAAUAAGAGAGAAAAAGAACAAAAGCUUUCGAAACAAACUGUAGUAAAAAUCUCCUUUUAUUAACAGCAUCACCAUCAUUAUUACAAACACAGGUGAAUGAUAUUUAAACAACUUAUUAAAUGAAACAUGUACGUGCUGGGUAUCUAUCGAACCAAGAACUUUAUGAAACUAUGCAAAACGAUAGAAUAAUAAGCCUAUAAACGAACAUAAGGAAACAAAUUUAUUCGAAUAAUCGUCUAAAUAAAACACUAUGGAUGUCAUUUUGAAAGCAAAUCAAAUGGAUACACCUGAAGAACAACGUUCUCCCAAAGGUUUAGAAAAAUCAAAAAUGUUAGAUAUAACCAGAGAUCGACCAGUAAAAGUUGCAGUAAAGGUUGCUGUACCCGUCCGAGAUCAUCCAAAGUUCAAUUUUGUGGGAAAAUUAUUGGGACCGAAAGGCAACUCCAUGAAACGUUUACAAGAAGAAACAAUGUGUAAAAUGGCUGUUUUAGGGCGAGGUUCCAUGAGAGAUAGAAAAAAGGAAGAAGAAUUGCGAGCGAGUGGUGAUAGUCGAUAUGCCCAUCUAUUUGAUGAUUUGCAUGUAGAAAUUUCCACAUUUGCGGCUCCCGCAGAAGCCCAUGCUCGCAUUGCUUAUGCUCUAGCAGAAGUGAGGCGAUUUCUAGUACCGGAUUAUCAUGAUGACAUACGACACGAACAAAUGUGGGAAAUGCAGGCUUUGACUUCUUCCUCAACUUUGCAAAAUUCAGGUAGUGAUCAGGCAAGUCCCACUCGCAUUAUUGAAGGUGGUAUUACCGAUAUGGAUACUUCGAACGAUGAAAAAUCUGACAACGAAUUAUCUGUCAUGGACUGCAUGACAACCGGAAAACUGGAAAAAACACACAAUUCUUCUAAUUCAAGUGCGGUGACACCGAAUACGACAGAUCCUCUUAAGAUACCACCAACAAGUGCAGCAUCAUUGCAUCCCUGUACAAUGGCUGUGACACUACAGCAUCAGUUUUCUGCGGCCGGUAUUGGAGGUCUACUAAAACCCUCGCCAACGGUAGCGGCUGUUACCGGUCUAACGCCAGCUCAACCCACCACUACUUUGAGUUUGCCAAAUGAAGCAGAUGCUAGCGCUACUUCAGCAUUAACUCUUCUAGAUUCUGCGGGUACAUUAAUCCACCCUGCUCUAAGAAACAUUAAAACGAUUAAUAUUGCUGGAAAUUUGACACGUAAGCGUCCAUUGUUGGGUGUGCCACGAUCCAGUAUGAAUCCGACCAAGCGCACGGUAAUGACACUAUUAGCUAGAGCUAAAAACUCACAAGCAUUGCACACGGUACGAAAUCCAGUAGGAGCAGCACAACCAGCACCUUUUACCGACCCACUCCAGAUGUUGGCCUCGCCUUUUAUAAUACCCCACCACCAUCAUCAUCAACCCAUGGAUCAGGCAAUGUUGACAUUGUCGAAAGAGAGUUUAGCCCAAGGUGUCUAAGAGCAAUAAUAUCCAAAAAUAUAUUUUAUGUUUCUAUGUUUUAUAACGAUUAAAUAAAAGUAUGUAUGUAUUGUACAUGUUACGAAUACAUUUGCCCAAAAGUACAUACUUACUUAGACAAAUUUUCAAUUAACAUCACCAAAUUAUACUGCGAUCCUUAAAACAAUUACCCCCGCCUCCUUAAACUACUUAGUAGAUCAACCAAAAUAAUAUUAAUAAUUAAUGAGCAAUGUUACGAUCAACAUUAAUAUUUGUUGAUUUUUUUAUUUUAAAAAAGAACUUAAUUAUGAUAUACAUAAGUACAUACAUAUAUUUACAAAAAAAAGUAAUAUUGAUUAAAUUAAUUUACUUUAUGAUCGAUCGAUGACUUAAAAAGGAAUAAGUGAAAUGAAAAUACCAAAAUUUAGGGACUAAAAUUAAAAAUAAGUAAACACUACAAAUAUUCUUACACAUAAACUAAAAAAAAAAUAAUAAUUUACAUUUACACAAUACUCAUUUACUCCAAAUGUAUCCUAACUCCUUUUUGUUUUUGUCCUGAUUACUACAAAAUAUAAACAGAGUUAAAACACUUUUAUACAUACAUAUAUACUAUAUACAUACAUAACGCUCAUUUCCUACAAUACUGGCAUAAUCUAAAAUUCGUGAUUUUUUAUUCAACUGAGGGUUACAAAGUAUUACUAAGAGGGUACUCAAGUUUUUCAUAUAGUUUUAUCAAAUUUGUUUAUAUCUAAAAAAUGUUGAAAAAAACUAUAUAUUUUUAACUCUACUAUUUAAAAUAUAUUUCAAAUUCCUAAAUCUGUUUAAAAGUUGUUUUAAAAGUAGUUAAAUAUCACUUAACAUUCAAAGCCAUUUUUCUCGAAAAAUCACUUUUCGGAUUAUACCAAUCUUGUAGUAAAUGAUAUGUAUAAAAGUAUCAUUAAUUCAACAUUUAAAGACGCCUUUCUUAAACGUAUGUGUUUAAAUUAGGAUAAUUUUGAAGUAAAUAAGCGUUAAGUAUUUAUUCAUACACACACACGCAGAUAAAUUCUAUUUCUAAUACAAUUAAACACUUACAAUUAGACACUUAUUUACUCAUAAAGCUUUUUAUAACAUAAAACAACAGAAAAACAUAUACAUAUAAAGAAAAAUAAAAUAAUUUUACAACAACAAAAAAAGAUAACUAAAUAAUUACAUAUGUUAUUAUGUAUAUUUUAAUUUUAAACAAAAUUCAUAUAAAACAUUACCUUAAAUCUUAAGAAAAAACGAAUAUAGUAAAUUAAUAAAAAAUAUUAAAAAAUAAAAAAAUUUAUAAAAAAAUAUUUAUAUAUGCAUACAUAACAACUAACCUGAUAACGAAAUUACUUUAUAAAGAUUACUUUAACAAAAAACAAAAGAAAAACAAAAUAAAUAUUUAUAACCAAAAAUUUUAAAAUGAGGAAAUACAAAUUUUUAACGUGUUAAUAAUUCUGACACACACUCAAUGAAUGUUGUACUUAAAAUUCAUUCAUAUUUACUUUUUAAUAUACAUAUGUAUGUACAUAUUUUUAUUAUUAUUAUUAUUAUUUUUAUUAAACUGAAAAUUAAAUUACAAAAAUGCAAAAUGUUAGGGUGUUUUUGAAGUUUUUUUGUAAAUGCAAGUUGUGCAGAUUAAAAUUCUGCAAAUAGAAGGAAGUUAUUUGCAAAAAGAUAAUAGUCUUUUGAAAUUUUAAAGUGGAUGCUUUCAAAGGACUGAAAUUUUCAAACCUGUGCUUUUAUAAAUUAAGAAAAGUAAAACUAAGAAAAUGCGCUGACAAAAGAGCUUUAACAAUAUAUGGAGUUAAUAAUUUAAAAUUAUUGUUCUACAGACCACCUAAGUAGGUUGUGUAAUUAUAGGAUAUCUUUCGAUAAAAUUUUAUAAAGACUUUAGAAUAUCGUGAAUCGAAGACAUUUUUAAAGGGUGGUGCGAUUACAGUGACAUUUUCCCCCAUACAAUAUUUGAGCUCUAAAAAACAUUUUUAUAUUGUUAUUGGUCAAGCUGGUAUAAUAGAAUCAUUUCGGAAUUAUUCUUUUUUCUUUAAAUUUAUUUGUUUUAUUUAUUAAUUGAUUAAAAGGGUAAUGUUAGCAAAAGUUAUAAGAACUUCAAAUGGUAAAAGUUUAGAAAAAUAAACUAUUUCGAUCAAAUAAUAUAUCGCUUAAACCCUGUAUAGCAACAAAUUCAUAUAUAUUUAGUAUGAUAUCAAGCUAAAUCGCAAAUCGGUGGUUCUAUGAAUUGUCCAUAACUAAACAUGAAUUUAAUUAAUAAUUUUAUUUUUUAUAAUAUAAUAUUAAAUAAACACUUUCCUUGAGCGAUGAAGCACGUUCAAUAACAAGCGGUUUCAAAUUGAUCAAAAUAAACUAAAAUUAAACAUGGAAAAUCAAAAGUUGGUUAACAAAAUGUAGAUGUUUUUAUUUCUUCUAUACAUCUGUCUUAAAAUCUAUUUAACUUUUUUCCAAUUCUGUUGGGAAUAUCCAAUCGGUAUUCGAAUAAAAUUCUCUUCUUAAUGUGAACGUCAAUCAGAUACAUAUGUAUGUUUCAUUAAUUCA